AUACCUCUCUCCCGUUAACACACAUCGAAAUCGAAAGCACGAAUAGCCUCAAUAAAUUGAGCAAUACACGCAUAUCAUCGUCACGAGACCUCACCUCUCGCGGGGGAAUCAUCACUUCGCGCAGAUAAAAACUGUUCACCGUCCGGCCGGUCCGGGUCCCGUGAUCGCCGUUACUGCGUUAUCUCCGGUUCGUCCGCCCGCUUCUUAUGUGAAUUGCUUGUAGAGGUUGUAUUUCUUUGCCAGAUAAGCGUCAUUUAUCUUUUCCAAGUGCCAUUUGGAAACAAUGAAAGAUGACACGAUAAAACAUCACCUGGCGAAGCUGACGAUUGCAACAGUCUCCAGAAGUGUUGUUCAGUUGGCUUCGGUAAGUCACAUUGGUAGGAAAACACCUGGAGAGAUUCGAAUAGUGCUACUGGGCUAGUUAAAAAGAAGUCCAUAAACAAGUGAUUUGCAGGGCCGUAGACCGAUUGAGAAUUAUGGGUGCUAUGUUUAGGAGCGAGCAAAUGGACUUGGUCCAGCUGCUCAUCCAACCGGAGGCGGCAUACCAAUCGAUCGCUGAACUUGGUGAACUUGGAAUCGCUCAGUUUCGUGAUCUGAACGCCGACAUUAACGUGUUCCAGCGGAAGUACACCAGUGAGAUUCGAAGAUGCGAGGAGAUGGAACGCAAGAUUUUCUAUAUUCGUCGCGAGCUGUCGAAGGAUGAGGUCGCGACGCUGGACAUCACGGACAACAUCCCGCGUACUCCCAACUCGCGUGAGAUCAUUGAUCUUGAAGCGGCGCUGGAGAAAACCGAGAACGAGAUCUUGGAACUGUCCGAGAACAGUCACGCCCUGUUGCAAAAUUUCAUGGAGCUAACGGAGUUAAAGUGUGUGCUGGAGAAAACUCAGGGAUUUUUCGCUGAUAAAUCGGCCGCCCAAAAUUUGGGAGCCACCGGGGGUGACCCGGGAAAUGAGAAUAAACCGUUAGGCUUUGUCGCGGGAGUGAUCCCACGUGAGCGAAUCAUUGGAUUCGAGCGAAUGCUGUGGCGCGUAUCACGUGGUAACGUUUUUCUACGUCAAGUGGCUGUUGAUAAGCCCUUCACUGAUCCGCGUACGGGGGAUGCAAUUUACAAGAUAGUAUUCGUAGCAUUCUUCCAAGGGGAGCAGCUUAAGACACGCGUCAAGAAAAUAUGCAGUGGCUACCAUGCCUCGCUGUAUCCGUGUCCGAGCGAGUACACCGAGCGCGAGGAGAUGCUCCAGGGAGUACGCACCCGCAUCGAGGACCUCAACAUGGUCAUCAAUCAGACCAAGGACCAACGUCAGCGGGUUCUGAUCAGUGUUGCCAGAGAGCUACCCAAGUGGGAGAUUAUCGUGAAGAAAAUCAAAGCGAUUUACCACACGAUGAAUAUGUUCAGUGUGGACGUCUCCAAGAAGUGUCUGUUCGGGGAAGCUUGGGUCCCAACGGAUGAUCUGCAGCACGUGAAGAAUGCCCUCAUUCAUGGUUCUUCCGCUGUUGGGAGUACGGUCCCAUCAUUCCUGAAUGUUAUUUCCACCAGCGAGACUCCGCCAACGUACAACCGGACCAACAAGUUUACCCAAGGGUUCCAGAACCUGAUCGAGUCGUACGGAGUGGCAUCGUACCGCGAGGCGAACCCGGCACUGUAUACCAUCAUUACGUUUCCGUUUCUGUUUGCUAUUAUGUUCGGGGAUUUGGGUCACGGGUUGCUUCUGACGCUGCUUGGUGUGUGGAUGGUUGGUUGGGAGAAAAGCCUGGACAAGAAUAAGGACGAGAUCUGGCAGCUGUUUUUCGGUGGACGUUACAUUAUCUUGCUGAUGGGUUGUUUCUCGAUGUACACCGGAUUCGUUUACAACGAUGUGUUCUCCAAACCGAUGAACCUCUUCGGCUCUUCGUGGAUUGUUAAUUAUAACACUUCAACUAUCAUGGAAAACAAGGAUCUGCAGAUGAAUCCUUCCGAAGAUUAUUCCGAGACAGUCUAUUGGUAUGGUUUGGAUCCGGUUUGGAUGUUGGCUUCGAACAAAAUUAUUUUCCUGAACUCGUUCAAAAUGAAACUGUCUAUCAUCUUUGGUGUUGUGCACAUGAUUUUCGGUGUGUGCAUGAGCGUCGUGAACAGUGUACACUUCCGGAAGCCGAUGAAUAUUCUGCUGGAUUUCGUGCCCCAACUGCUGUUUUUGGUACUCCUUUUCGCAUACAUGUGCUUCAUGAUGUUUUUCAAGUGGGUCCAUUACACCGCCGUCACGGAGAUAGACUCGCUGAAGCCUGGCUGUGCACCUUCCGUACUCAUCCUGUUCAUUAACAUGAUGCUGUUUGGAGAGCAGGAACCACUAGAGGGAUGUGAAGAGUUUAUGUUCGAGGGUCAGAAAACGCUUCAGACUGUGUUUAUCUUUAUUGCGCUAAUCUGUAUUCCAUGGUUGCUUCUGGCGAAACCUUUUUAUAUCAUGGCGACGCGGAAGAAGAAUACUGGCAGUGAUCAUGUUGCCUCUGCCGGGCACGGGGAUCAUGACGACGAACCGUUGAGCGAGAUAUUUAUUCACCAGGCGAUCCACUGUAUAGAGUAUGUUCUCAGUACCAUCUCGCACACGGCUUCAUAUCUGCGUCUGUGGGCCCUUUCGUUGGCUCAUGCCCAGUUGUCCGAGGUGCUUUACAGCAUGGUACUGUUCAUUGGAUUGAAGAGUGAGGGUUACAUGGGUGGUUUAAUGAUAUACCUCAUGUUCUGGCCAUGGGCGAUACUAACCAUUGGUAUCCUGGUUGGGAUGGAGGGUCUAUCUGCUUUUCUUCACACGCUGCGUCUUCACUGGGUGGAGUUCAUGAGCAAAUUCUACGAAGGUCUGGGACAUCCCUUCCAACCGUUUUCGUUCAAAAAAAUGCUUGAAGCUGAGCGUGAAGAAAAGUAAUGCUUGGGUGUGAAUAAAUAGGACAAUGUAGUUUGAUCAUUCAGCAAGAAAUAAACAUGUAGAAAUUAGCAGCAAUAGUUGAAAAACAUAGUUAAGCAAAGUUUUGUUAUUCAUUCAUUUUAUUGUAAAAAAGGCUAUGCAUACCAACAUCCUAGUAUCAUAGAACCACGAAAUUCAAACAGAUCCAUCAUUCCUGAGAAUACUGCAAACUGAACUUUUUUUCUACGGAUGGUCAAUUUCUAACAGUAUCAAGGUCGAUCUGCAAACUUAUCAUUAAUGGACGCCUUGAUCGCUAUGGUGAUAUGAUAGAACCAGUAUUUUUGAACCUAUGCUUUCGAUUUCAGCAACCCUAUCUCUACUUAUUCAGUUUAAUUACAGUUUAAUGGAAGGAAUGGUUGGACUCCAACCGCUCUUGUCGUUUUCGGCAUUUUCGCACUUUUAUGGAUUUUUAAUAAAAAUAACACCAACUUCAAAAGCGCAAGUCUCUCAACAACGUAAUAUUAUGCAAUGUUUAUAUUCGAUUGAGAGAGCUUUCUGGUUUAGGUUAUCCAAGAAUGACUCUUCGAAUUUUUUUUUCAAAGUUUUACCGUUUUGUCUCAAAUUCCACAAACACUUAAGCUUUGAUGGCCAUUAAACAAUGUCUCAUUACUCAGAAUGGUAAACUUUCGUGAAAUUAAUUUGAUUUUAUGAUACAGUAGAGCCUUCUUCUUCAUUUGACGACAGAAUUGAUUUACAAAUACAUAUUUACAUGGUGAAAUUUAGAAAAGUCACAGGAGGGUUGUGUCCGAGACACGACCGAAUCGUUCACGUAGGAUACCGUUAGGUUACCUGUUGAUUUUGGAUAUGUUUGAAAAAUUACAUUGUUAAACUCUUUGAUAUUGAUUUAGUAGCCUCCUGAAAAGGGCCGUUUGUUUUGCUUGGCGUUUACCGAGUGAUGAUGACAGAAGGAUGGUAAACAGUCGUUAGAUGGUGCGUAUCAGAUAAAAGAUACCGAAGAGGAACGAGAUAUGAUGAAAACCACCCUCUGUGAUCCUAGACGAAAUGCCCCCUGUGUUAUGUAUGAAUCAAAUAAAGAAAAAGAAAACUCACCAAUGUAAUAUAAGAUAAUUACCAUUACCGAACAAAAUUACUAGAGGCGAAUGAACUGAAAAGUUUAAACCCUCUUAAAGCCAAAAAAGAAGAAGAAGACGAACAUAAUUGUUAAUUUUUCUCAUCAGUAAAAACAUGUUACUUUAAUAUAGAGAAAACAUAUUUGAAAUGGAAAUGGUAAAUUACUUCUAUAAUUUUUACUUUCUGGGUGUGUAUUCAACGCAAUGCGAAUUUUAAUUGGACUAAUAACACCUAAUACUAUAUGUAGAGAAAUCACUUUUUCUAAUAUUUUUCUCGCCGUAUAAACUUUCCUUGGGUGAAAAUGAACACAACAAAACAGACAGCUCAAACCAAACGACCCGACACUCACCUUACUUGCAAUUAAAAAUACCCCCAAAUUUCAUAUAUUUGCAAUGUCGAUUCCCCCCAGACAGCUUGGUUUUGAUGUCUCUGUUAGGGAAUACAUUUCGGUAGGAACAAAAGCUCUCUUUACUUUCAUGUAUUCGCAAUGCCGAAUUCCCCCAGGCAUCGUGGUAUUGAUGUCUUUGUUAGGGACCCGCGGCAAGUGUCGUCAAUUUCGACUAAUCAGAAGUGGCUAUUUCCGUUAGGAUAGGGGUUGAGAUUUUUCAAUUAUUCGAUAGUUAGUUUCAUGACAUAUAUUACUUUCGUCAAUAUAAAAAAAAAUGAUAUAAUAAUAGAUAUAAUAAUAGAUUUAAGAAUUGAGUAUGAUGAGCGUGAGUGUGAAUGCGAGUGUGAACAUUGUACAAUAUCCUUAUAUCCCCUCCUUUUCCAAAAGAAACUAUGUCACCCUUCUAAUCUCGAGUCGA